GCGUGGCCUCACCCCUCAGCAGGUGCAACACUUGGCUUGGCGCAUGCUCCCCACAGCACCUUUUCGCGCUCCUUCCGUGUGUAUAAACGACUUAUUUUGACGCUUUUUUCCCCCCGAUAUAUAUUUUUUUUACCACAGUAGUUUACUCUUUCUAAAUGUAAAUUACACCGUCUCACUAGAAAUUGUGAUAAAACCAUUUCCGGUGUUUUUUCCCCCCCUAGUUUACAUUAGACACAAUCGCUGUAAAAAUGGACAAAGUGCCAACUUCAAGCAAACGUUUGUUUGUUCUUUUUUAAAUAUGGAAGUUUUUCUCCGGCAAGUGUAAAAGAGUUUAUUUGCGGACCGAGGAUGGACCAUUUGGUUGUUGGUUGGAUUCUGGGCUGCUUGUCUCGCGUGGUCCUCUAUGUGGCGUGUGCUCAGGGCGUCUUCAUCGAGCCGCUUAAAUCCGUCACCUGGCAGCGCUCCAUGGCCGAGAGUCCCACCAGGCUGCCGUGUCGCUACCAGCCUUCGGCGAGCGAGAAGGUGGUGCAGGUCACAUGGUACAAGGAGCUGCAAGGCAGUACCAAGGACCAGAUCAGCACCGCCCACUUCACGGACGGACACACAGAGUUUGGACGCUACUCUGGUCGUGUGAGGUUUGAGAGCAGCAGUCCCACGAUCAACUCGGCGCUGCUCAUCCCCAACACGGAGGAAUCGGACGACGGCACCUACAUUUGCCAAGUCUCCACUUUCCCCAACGGCAACUUUGAGAGACGCAUCACGCUCACCGUCUGGAUUCUACCCAUUGCCUCCCUGGAGCCGGUGGUCCUGACAGAGGGUCAGCCGUUCAGCGUGGCCGCCUCUUGUCGUGCCGUGGGCCGCCCGCUGCCCGCCCUCUCUUGGGACACUGACCUGCCCGGCCUAGCCCAGAACCGCACCAACGAGGGCGGCUCCGUGUCCAGCUACUACUCCCUCCACCCGCUCCGCAGCAUGAACGGGAAGCGGCUCGACUGCCUUGUGCAGCAUCCCGCCCUGGAACGCCCGCGUAGGAUCUCCAACCAGCUCGUGGUCCACUACCCCCCAGACGCCGUCAUCUCUGCCUCGACAGACGAUUGGUUUGCCGGGUUGGAGCAAGCGAUGCUCGACUGCGAUGUUGGCGGCGGCUUCCCGGCGCCCCAAAAUAUCACCUGGAUGCGGAGGGGUGAAACUUUGCCCGACGGUGUCUUGGUGGUCGGAGGCAGUCUGACGUUCGAACGAGGCCUCCGCCUGAACGACAGCGGCCUGUAUGAGUGUGUGGUGACUAACUCGGUUGGUGCGGCGAAGGCUGAGUACUUGAUGACGGUGACAGAGAAAUCUCAUCGCAAGGAGACGUCCUUGUCCGACAACCUGCUACUCAUCAUCAUCGGCGCCUCAGCCACCGCCGUCGUUCUGGUCCUGGUCGUCACUGUGCUGCUGGUCGUCCGCCGCCAUCAGCGCCGCAACAAGAAGUUGAAGAUGGAGCUCAGCGAGAAAAAGGAGGAAAUCAACAAUCUGUCCAGACAAAAUUCCUUCAGGAGACUUCCCUCUGUCAGCUCUGACCCACGGGCCGAGGAUUACUCUCUGCUCAGGUCAGACAGCCGCAUAAAAAACAGCCAAAUAUCUCUGGAGCGAGCCAACUACAAGGGCAGCAUGUCCACUCUGGGCGGGCGCUGGGUGCCUGUGGUGGGGAUGGAGGCGGACCUGAAGGGGCGUCCCGUCGUGUGGAUCGACGGCGAAAAGGAGGUGCAGAGAAGGAGGGCGGGGUCGUAUCUGAAGAGCAGCAACAUGUCGCUGGUACUGGAUUCCGGUCUUCCGUUGUCCCAGCUUCCCCUGAGAGACCAACCGGAUGACAUCGUCGGACCAAGAGAGGUCACCGCGCCCUCGCAGGUAGAAGACUGGAACUCCUCCCAGCUGACGCCGCCAGGGGAGCUGGAAGACGAAGAGGACGGCGGCGCCUACCGUCUGUCCGAGGCGCUCACCAAUCACUUCUACUACAGCAACGGCGUCCUCAGGCCCAAGCCGCACGCCAACGGCAUCUUGCUGCACCCUCACAGUCAGGUGAUCUAGAGAAGGUCUCGCCUAAUAACAUUUGAGCUCCAAGGCUUGCUGGACUAGCCAGAAUGAGCCUUGUGGACAACUGUGGUCCUGAAUCUGUGCUUUUUUUUUUUUGGUACCAAAUGAACUGAGAGUCAGUAAGGGACCGUCAUCAAUGUACAACCUUCAGACCCAAAACCUAAGCGGUGCACUCUGGAGGGCACAUUUCUAAGUGAUGCCGCGGAUACAGCCUCUUGACUUUGUUUCUCACAAUAAUGGUCGCUUGGUUUUAGAUAAACCACAGCGAGGUCAAAGUUCUUGAGGUGGACCAGUGCCUUCAUUGCAGAUUCUCUCAUAUUGUCCACAUAACAUACACACUGAACAAGAACCUUGAAACUGCUAAAAAAAAAAAUAAUUGUAUUCCUCAUUCUGUGGUUAUCAUCACACUUUUCCUCCCGGCCAUCCAGGGGUUAUUUUCUGUAGUGGCAUAUAUAAAAAGCAAGAGAUAAUGCUUAACACUCCUAUGGAGUCCAUCCAUGAAGAUCAUUGAAAGUUUGAAUUUAGUGGCAGAUUUUAUUUAACAUUUUAGGUUGAGCUCCCAGGUUUCAUCACUUUUUGGGUGGUUUGGAGGUUCAACUAUAAAUGUAGUCAUGAUGAUCAGUGUUUCCCACUAGACUACAGUCUGCAUUUCUUUAAUCGGCCGUGACGCAUGAGCAUAUUAUUUUUAUGGACGCAUUGGGAAAUAAAAAAACUAAAUAAGUUAUAAAUUCAGAUGAACUUGCUUCCAUCACAUUUUUUUAUGCACUCUGAAGGCUUUUAGAUGAGCAGUUUGUGCUUUUGUGUUAGUCGCAAAGUGUCCAAUAAGAUCAAAAAAGGUCACCAUUUUUUUUAUUUUUAGGAAAAACCAACCACGAGGCCUAUGAAUUCUGGUUACUAUAGAAACCAACACUGAUCCCUCCUGCUACAUCCUUCCAUUGUCUGGCAGAUCUUCUGUGUUUAUGAUGCCAUCUACUGCGUGGAAUUAUGGUGACAAGCUACACUCACAGGCAGUCCCCUUAUAGGGAGUUUAUAGACGAGUAGAGCUAAAUUUGAAUAUGGCACACUGCCACAAAAGACUGUAUGGGAAACACUGAUACUAGAAAAAAAAUACAUGCACAAAACAUUACUGUGAAAAUUACCGUAUUUUUCGGAUAAUAAAUCGCUCUGGAGUAUAAAUCGCACCAGCCGAAAAUGCAUAAAAAAGAAGGAAAAAAACAUAAGUCGCACCGGAGUAUAAGUCGCAUUUUUUGAGGAAAUGUAUUUGAUAAAAUCCAACAGCAAGAAUAGACAUUUGAAAGGCAAUUAAAAAUAAAGAAUAGUGAAGAACAGGCUGAAUAAGUGUAGGUUAUAUGAGGCAUAAAUAAGCAACUGCUAUGUUAAGCUAACAUAUUAUGGUAAGAGUCAUUCAAAUAACUAUAACAUAUAGAACAUGCUAUACCUUUACCAAACUAUCUCUCACUCCUAAUCCAUAAAUCCCAUGAAAUCUUCUUCCUUGAUGUUGCUUCUAAAUAAUAUUAUUUGAUAUUUUGCGGUAAUGUGUUAAGAUUUCACACAUAAGUCAAACUAUGAAAAAAAACUGCGAUUUAUAAUCCGAGAAGACGGUAUGUUUUUUCUGUUUUUACAAUCACUGGCCACGUCAUUAGAUACGCCCUCUAAUGAGAUUCAAUGCUUCUGCGUUUAGUUUACAGAUUCAACUCUGCCUGUUUACACACAAAAUGUUCUUUUGAACUCUAAAAUCAAGCUAGGUUGGUAUUAUGUGUAAAAAUAGUUUGUGGAGGACACUUUUCUACCUUCUGUUUUAUUUACAAUGCUUUUAUACUGAUACUUAUUUUGUGAUGCCUGCUGUAACCAAGGGUUUGUGUAUUUAUUCUUCAAAUCCAGGCAUGAACUAAGUUCUUGUUAUGAAGGACAAGGGCUCUUGGAUACAUGUCUGUAUGGAGCUUUAAGGAAAUGGGUGAAUAUUCCAGUCAUUAGUUGUCAUGGUUACAGAGUGGAGGUUGUCAGCAUUGUAACAAAGAGGCAGAAGGCCAGAGAUCCCACACAAGUGAAUAAAGUUGAGAUUUGAACCCAAA